GUUAUCUUUGAAUAUUUGGAAAAUGUGAAGUGUACCUAGUAUAAUUACUGAUUUCUGGAAAAAGCAGAAAAUGACGCAGGAUGUUAGUGCAGAUAUUAUACAGAAAACACAAAAAUAUUUAGGCAAAUAUGUAAAAAAACCUCCAUUAACUGAAAAAUUGCUAAAAAAACCACCAUUCCGGUUUUUGCAUGAUGUCAUUACCACUACAAUUAAAGAAACUGGGUUCUUAAAAGGACUAUAUUCAGAUUAUGAAUUGGUUUCCGAUAAUGUUAAGGAUAAAGAUGCGAAAGUUGCCUUUUUAAAUAAACUAAUAGAUGCUAUCAAAAGCCUUAGCGAUAAUAAUUUAUCGGUUAGAGCAAGUAAAAUCGUUGCUGGUUUAGAACCAACAAAUACAAAUUUAUUACUUCAAGCACUGGCAAAAUCAAUAGAAUCAAAUAUUGAUAGUACACAAUAUGUCUCCAAUCUUAAAACUGGUGUUAAAACUGACAGAGCUAAAAAAAGCAAGAUACCUGUAGAAAAGUCCAAAGCCCCAUCAAAAAUCAACAAUGAACAGAAAGUUACUGAAAAGAAAACUAUCAAGUCAAAUGAAAAGAAAUUAGAUACAUUUACAAACAAGAAAAUUCCAAAUUCUGUUAGAACAGAUGAUGGAAAUAAAGGCAAAACAAGGAAAAAUAACAAGCAAGAAGAAAAGGCAUCAAAGGUACAGAAAACCGAGGAAUCUCCAAAAAUAGACUCUUUUAAAAAAGAAACACUUAAGCCAGAAUCUUCAAAAAAAGAAAAAUCUAAAGUUGAUUCAGCUAGAAAUACUAGCAAUAAAGUCAAAGAUUAUACAAGAAAUGAUAAUAUUACUUUGUCUGAAAAUAAAGAUGAAGCAGUAGAAAAUAAUACAAGUAAACAACAAGAAGACGAUGGACCAAAUUUAGAACCAAGUAAAGAUCCUGAAGAGACACCAAAGUUAGGACAUAAUUUAGCUAUAAACGAAGGUUUAAACACUACAAUUACGAAUGAAAUUAACAACGAAACCGAAAACCUUGAUGCUAAAAAAAGCAUAGCCAAUGUGGAACUAAAUAGCAAUCGGAAUUUACUAAGACCCAAAUCAGCACGACCUAAAAGUGGUGAUUUGGACAAAAAUAAAACUACAACUAAAGAUCAAACCCAAAAUGAACCAUUCAAAAUGUUGGAAACAAGUGAUUCAGCUCCGAUUAAACCAGUACCCUCUUUACGCCCCAAAAGCUCCUUACGUCCUCCGAGCGUUCGCCCGUCGAGUGCUCGUCCCGGAGCUCCACGAUUAAGGAUAGACUCUGCUCUGCCCAUGCAAGAAGCAGUACCAAUGGGAACUAUCAACGUCAUAGUAGAAAAUGUCGAUGCGUCUGCACCAGACGAAGAAGAAACUGUGGUCAUAGAAACGGUUUCAGUAGAUCCCGAAGGUCCUACUGAAAUACCGCAGGUAGAUUUUGAUAACAAAGGACACUUAGUGGAACAGAUCUUGGAGCAAAUCGAAGGAAAGAGUGUAGAAAAUAAGAAAAAGACGGGUAUAGAUUGGGAUAAUAAUGCACUGCGUAAUAAAGACGGUAUUGCAAGGGAUAUUACACCACUACUUGAUUAUAUUCAGACUCUAACGAAAACGGCCAAUCCACUGGGAAAAUUGAUAAAUUUCUUGCAUGAGGAUAUUGAAGCGAUGCACAGCGAAUUACAAUUGUGGAUAAAUACAAAAAAACAACUUUAUGUUGAAAUACUGAAGCAAAAAAAGUCCAGUGUAGAGCUGAACAAACCACUUCUUGCACAGUUAGAACAGCUCAAUAAAGAUAUUAAAAAAAAUCAACAGGAAAUAACCAAUAUAAACUGCAAUAUUCUUAAGAAUGACACUAGGAUUAAAGAGCUGUUGUGUAAAUAAAUAGUUUUUAUAGUGGUUCAUAACAGCAUUAUUUUUAUUAUCGAGGGAUUGUUAAACUAUAGGUAAGAUCGAUAUUUUUGUUAUGUAUAUUUCAAUAUUUUAAACGAAAUAAAUGCAAAUAUUUUAAUGUC